AUGAGGUUCGUUCUUAACGUGGUGUUCCUUAGGAACGCUCCACAAGGAUCAGCAAUUGUUUCACGAAAGCUGAGAGAGAAGUACGAGAAGCUUCCGAGUACCACAUUUGCGGAGCUGGCUGUAAUGGGUUGCUUCGCAUUGCUUUUGGCACUUUGGAUGCUCAGAGAACCUCAUGUGAUACCUGGAUUUGGUUCAUACUUCAAGAAAGGCUAUAUAAGCGAUGCCACAAGCGCUAUAUUCGUGGUCCUCCUACUCUUUAUGAUACCAGACAAAAAGCCCAUGUGCUGCAAUAAAGGAAGAGGAGCGUCAAAACGCUUUAUUGAAUCUCAUCUUUCGCUCGAGAUAGGCGAAGUAAUGCAACGUCUGUCUGUAUUUCCAGUUAACGUGAUAAUGCUAAUCUGUAUUUGUAUAACAGUUAGCUUAACUAAUAUUUGCUCCAAUACAGUAAUUGCCAGUAUUUUCAUACCGAUUGUUGCAGAAUUGGCCAGAUCACUUGACACCAAUCCUCUAUUUUUUAUGUUGCCUGUUGCCGUAUCAUCAUCAUUUGCUUUUUUGUUUCCAGUCGCUACCCCUCCAAACGCUAUUGUUUUUGGCACAGGCCUAGUGCAAGUUGCUGAUAUGGUUCGUUUUCUUGCAUUUCUCAAGCAUAUGUUCAGGGUUUAUAAUCGUUGGAACUGUCCCUACAGUGAAAAGAAAAUACAAACAGCUUUCGCGGGAAUAUUUGUCACAAUUGGGUGCACUAUCAUUACCAUGGUCAACGUUAUGUUGUGGGGACGUACACUUUUCUCUCUUAAUGAGUUUCCAUUAUGGGCUUAUGAUGAGGAUCAUCCAAUGAACAAUAUAACUCUCAUCGAAGAAUUGCUUGCUCAAAAUAAAACAGUAUUUCCCGAUCUUCCCUUCGCUAUCUGA